AUGUCGGCGAGCAUCUUGACCGUCAAUGGCCGGCUGUUCGCCACGGCCUCGCCCUUCUUCCAGCCCAUCGAGCACAACCUGCUAGUUCCUGACGCCAACGAUCCGUACCGCUCACUCUCUGAUGACGAACGCAAGUGGCCCAGGGCCGACGACCGCUUUGCCGCACUCUGCUGCCGCAAAGACUCCGGUGACCGUGACUUCUCCGUGCCUGCGCGGGGCGGAGCCGCGUACUUGGCCGGCUACCGCCCGUCCGCCGACUGGUUCGCCUCGCCGAUGCUGAUUCCAAACGGACCACAAAUAGACAACAGCGGAACAGGAAACGUCGGACCGCAGCAGCUCAUAUACCUCGACAACUCGACUACCGUCUUUGCCCUAUUCACCCCGUUCCCAUCUUACAACAACGGCUCAUCCAGAGUCAUCACGCUCGGCUUCACCAGCGCCACCGCCAUGGGCAGGCUCACCUCCACCUCGGCGGACACGCGCCACGGCUUCCGGGCGGCCUGUGCCGUCGCCGUCCAGCCACCCGACCCGUCCGCUCCGCCGAUCCUUUACAUCUUCGCCGUAGAUUCCAACGACUACAACCAGGGCCGGCUGUGGUACAUGACGCUGCCCCUGUGCGGCUACGACUCCAUGUACGGCCACCCGAAGCUAGAGCCGGGAACCACCACCAUCGACGUGGGCGAUCAGGCAGCCAGCAACAGCCUGGAAUGGGUAGACGACUUUUCUCGGCAGCCCAUAAACGCUGAACCGACGAGGCCACUCAAGAUCGUCCGCUACGGCAACUCUCUUGGUGUUUUCCACCAAGUCGGUGGUGAGAUUCGGUUACUCAGACUCGACCUGCAAAAGGAUGGCUCCCUCACCGAUCCUGCCUUUCCUCAAUUUAAACACAUGUAUCGUCAGUAUACCAAAGUCACGUCUGAGAAUUCGGCUAUGCUGGUAUCUGCAUGCGCCAUGCCCCUAAAGUUUUGCAACCGCUUUGUAUAA